UCUACGACCAUGGUAACCAAGACUGGUGUAUCAAACAUCUCGGGACGGUUGGCUUCAACUUUCAAGCCAGUUUCCAACGCUAGGCAGGAUGAUGUCGACAGGAUACGAGAACUCACAAAAGAUGGAGUAUCGCGGUCACCAUACUCAGCUGAGGACACAGAUACGGAGAAUCGUUCAAGCCGAGAAGAGCUCUUACUUGCUGCUGGGAUUGACUCUAGCACAGACAAUCCCUCACUUCCUUGCCUGACGCUUAGGAUGUGGGCCAUAUCAAUCGUAUUGACCGUGAUUGUCAGUGGCUUGAACACACUGUACAGUCUACGCAAACCUUCUAUCACUCUAAAUUCGGCUGUUGUUCAACUCAUCGCUUUUCCGAUCGGCAAAGCGUGGGAAAAGGCACUACCAGAAUGGACUUUCUCAAUCUUUGGAGCCAAGCUACGACUAAAUCCCGAUAUCAUGUGUAAUCUCAGCUACGCAACCCGCCUCAGUGCAGACACUCUGACCGAACAAGAAAUGUUCUUCGGACUACGUGCAGGAUGGGGUUUUCAGAUUCUUAUGACUCUCGGAACAAUCUUGACGGGCUUCACGUUCGCCGGGCUGGCUCGAUCUUUGGUAGUCGAGCCCGAGAACCUCCUUUGGCCUGGAGUCCUCGCCAACACAGCAUUAAACCAAACAUUGCAUCAGAAGCACAAGANNUCAUCAGCGAAGAGUCAGUCUACACAUGGUAAGAGCGCGCCAAUUAUACACAAGCUUAUUUUUCACAACAGCACUUGGAAAAUCUCUCGUUACGCCUUCUUUAUGGUUGCCUUCUCCAUCUCGUUUGUCUGGUACUGGUUUCCUGACUUCAUCUUCCCCGCCGUUGGUUAUUUCACCUUUAUCUGCUGGAUUUGGCCAGAUAGCCCAGUAGUGAAUCAGCUUUUUGGCAUGGAAAGUGGUUUGGGCUUAGUCCCAGCCACGUUUGACUGGUCACCUCUCAUCGUACCAACUUGGGCAAUCCUAAACAUCGCAGCAUCCCUGGUUUUCUGGAUCUACAUCGUCAGUCCCUCGCUCUACUACAGCAAUACCUUUUUGAGCGCUUACCUGCCUAUUCAAAGCACAUCAGGUGUCUACUUACCAAUCACUUAUGCGUUGAGCAACUUCGGCUUGGAAUUUGCUGCCGUGAUUUCUCUUGUCGUCUGGUUCGCUCUGGAGAAACGUGCUGAGCUGAAGAAGAGUNUUCUUUUGAUCAAAUCCCGCAUCCGACAUCAACGACUUUCGAAGACUCCACAGGGAACCUACCCAAAUGUUCCUCUCUGGUGGUACGGAGCUACCGCUAUCUGUUCUCUGUUCUGUCUGAUCAUGUCUUGCGAGUACUGGCCGGUACAACUGCCAUGGUACGGAGUACUGUUUGCCUUGACGAUCUCUGCCAUCCUCUACAUCCCAGNNUUAUUUGCCAUGGUCUAUGCUACCACUAAUACAAAAAUCAGCAUUGAUGCCUUGUGCCGAGUGAUCGCAGGCUAUAUCUUCGAAGGCAAGGUUCUGGCAAACAUCUGGUUUUUCGACAUCGGAUAUGUCACAGGCGUCAAAGGACUUGCGUUCGCUCAAGACUUGAAGCUUGGCCUAUACUGCAACGUGAGCACUACAGCCUGUACACGAGAUACAUAUCUGACACGACGCAGANUUCCACCACGAGACUUGUUCCUAGUUCAAGUAGUCGGCACUGGCGUCUCUGUUCUCAGUCAAGUAAGCGUGUUGAAUUGGGCUUUUCAUCAUGUUCCGGAAGUCUGCCAACUUCACGCACCGAACGGCUUCACCUGCCCGUUUUCUCGCACUCACUUCAACACCAGUCUCGUUUGGNGGGCCAUUGGUCCCAAGCGUUUCUUCUCAAGCGACUCGGUCUACCAUCCCUUGCUCUGGUUUUUCUUGAUCGGCGCUGUCCUGCCUGUACCUGUUUUCCUCCUGAAACGCCGCUUUCCUAACAGCUUGUGGCAGUACUGCCAUGUCCCGCUCUUCCUCGGCGCUCUCAAUUAUAUCCCUCCAGCUUCGGGCACGAACUACGGAAUCUGGAUCAUUGUCGGGCUUGUGUUUGGAACCAUUAUCAAGCGCAGGGCUUUUGGGUGGUGGAAGAAGUACAACUUUGUCCUCAGUGCCGCGUUGGACAGUUCAGUCGCCAUUGCGGGAGUCAUAAUAUUCUUCGCCAUCUUCUACACCGGAGUAGACAAGAAAUUCUCAUGGUGGGGUACUGAGGUCUACCAGAACACUUGUGACUGGAAGUCAUGCUCGUAUCUGAAGUUGGCGAAAGGAAAGACGUUUGGCUAG